AAUUUCAGUUUAAAUAGUUAUGGCUUGGGUGAAGGUUGUUGUGAGUUUGAUUCUCUUUUACUAUUUGACUGUCAGCCAAAGAUACUGGUACUUUCUUAUCUCAUGGCUCGUUAAUUUGAUUGUAAUUGCAUCGAUAUCAUGGUGGAUUGCUAGAAAAAUUACACGAGACUUCUUAUGCAAAAGCGUUCUACCCAGAGUCAACCCGACAGGAAAAGCAGUACUGAUAACCGGAUGUGACUCAGGUUUUGGCCAUAUGACUUCGAUAGAAUUGAACAGACUCGGAUUUUUCGUUUUUGCUGGUUGCCUCGACGCGAAUGGAAAAGGUGCCAAAGAACUGCUGGCACUCGCACCAUAUCCUAAUCGUAUUGUUAUUAUCCAAAUGAACGUAACGAGCCCAGAUGAGAUAUCAUCCGCUUAUGAACGAGUCGAACAAGUACUGAAUGAUUCUAGUUCUGGAGUGGAUCAAUUAUUUGCAAUUGUGAACAAUGCCGGCAUCGCGUUAAGUGGACCGAUUGAAUGGUCUAAAGAGAAUUCUCUUGACCCAUACGAUUCUCACAUGGAAGUAAAUACAAUGGGAGUUAUUCGAGUAACAAGAAAAUUUCUUCCAUUAAUACGAGCAUCGAAAGGACGAAUAGUCAAUUUGUCAUCGAUUGCAGCCCGUGCGAACAUACACGGAAUUAAUCCGUAUUCUGUUUCGAAAGCUGCAACAGCAAAAUUUACCGAAGGUCUUCAGGAAGAGUUAGCUCCAUUCGGUGUUACAGCCAUCGAUGUGAAUCCAUGGUUUUACAAGACUCCAUUGCUAAAUCCAAAAAAUAUUAUCAAAGCUGCUUUCAAACGAUUUGAAGAGUCGAGCGAAGAGGUUAGAAAUGCGUAUGGUCGUGAAGCCUUGGUGAAAGUUGCUAAAGGAACAGUGAAUUUGGUGUCUGACCCGAAAAUUGUCAUUCAGUUUCCCGAACAAGUGGUCGAUACUCUCGUUGAUGCAAUAACUUCAGCUGAACCGGAUGCAGUUUACCGUGUCAUUUCACCUGUUUUACGAGAGAUAUUUUGGGUUCUAAACGAUUUUCUUCCAUGGGAAUUAGUUAUUUGCAUCAGAAGAUUGCUUAAUAAACUUCAAGAUUUUAAAGAAAUUAAUGUGGAUCAGUACCUUGUUGGCACAAGUAAGUAAGUAACUGAAGUGUGCCCUAAAUUGUGUGGUAUCAAUGAGAUAAAUAAAGUU